AUGUACAAAACACCGAGCUUGACAACUCCUGCCUCAUCAAAUGGAAGUCUUCAGUCUACAUUUACUAUACAUUUGUUAGACGCUGAAAACACAGAAUCCGGUUGUUGUUUCCUUGUUCCGAAGUCAUGGAAGAAAAAGAAAGAGAUUAAAAUGAUGUGUCUGACGAUAACCCCGUUGAUAGUACUACUCAUCCUUUUGUUAUGGCAGAGUGUCGAGAAGGUCUUUGAAAUAAAUAAUUCAAACAAGCUUGGGACAAAACUAGAAAUAAGUGUUGAUAUAGGUCACCUUAUAGAUAAACUGCAAAAAGAACGUGAAAUGUGUGUAUUCUACAGAAGAAGACUCCCCCUGGCGAUAAAAUCAAAGCUGCCUAAAAUUUUCACAGAUACCGAUAACGCUAUUGAAAAACUAAAAAAUUGGCCAUCCAAUUUGAGAGAAAAAAGUUGGGUAUUUGGGACGAAGGAAACAUUUCGAAAAUAUAUUGGUCGACAUAGAACGGCCUUAACCUUAUGGAAAGUCACGGAAAGCGAUGACGUGGCAUCUAAUAAAGAAAUAGCAUUUUAUACAUCUAUAUUGGACGUCUUUGUUGACUAUUUUAAGCGGUCUCUUGAGGAAUCCAAUUACGGUAGGCGAUGGAGAGCACUGGUUGCUUAUGAAACGAUCAUCAAGGCCAAAGAACAUCUUGGUAUUGCAACAACUUUAGGGUUACUGUUCUUCGCCAAUGGCAAAUUUCAAUCGCUUAACGAUUACCUUCGAUUCGCCCAACAAGCUAAUGAAGCAGAGUCCUUGCUUAUUCAGGCCAAGAAUUUUUCCCCCUUAGUUACUGCUGUCGAUUCACAAAGAAACAUAACAUCACGACAGGAACAAUCAGUAAAACAAUAUAAGAAUCUUAUUUUAAGUCGCAGUCUCACAAUAGAUAAACCGACGAACUUCUCCAUCCAGAUGUUAGUUACAUACUCGGAAGAUAUGGACGGAUAUAGUGAUAAAGUGCGAAGGAUCCAAGAAGACCUGGAAAAUCAUAUAAUGGCCGAAGUUAUUCGUGGUACAACAAACGGCAUUAUAGGUUUAGGGUUGACUAUAGUUCUGCUUGUGUUUGUCGUCAUUGUGACACCGCUGAUCUGUUUUAGAAUUCUGGACAUGACACAUCAGAUACAGCAAUGUGUGGUAUCAUUGGCGGAUAAAACAAGAGAACUACGAACAGAGAAACGACGAACUGAAACACUUUUGUACCAGAUGCUGCCAAGGCCCGUGGCAAAACAGCUAAAGAGAAAAGUGGGCGUUGAUGCAGAAUUCUUUGAGGAGGCUACUAUAUUUUUCUCAAGAAUAACAGAUUUUCACGAGAUUUCUGCGAGGUGUAGCCCUAUCAAAAUUGUCGAGCUGUUGAAUACACUUUACGUUGAGUUCGAUAAAAAGAUUGAAAUGUUUGACGUAUAUAAAGUGGAGACAAUUGGUGAUUGUUACAUGGUUGCGUCAGGGCUGCCUAUCAGAAACGAGGACAAACACUGCAAAGAUAUAGCUCUGAUGGCUCUUGCUUUGAUGUCAUUGACAUUUGGCAUAGAACCAAUGGAUAUAGGGAUAGAUUCCCGGAUAGAUUAUAUAAAUGUCCGCAUGGGCAUUCAUACUGGCCCAUGUGUGGCUGGGGUUGUCGGAACAACACUACCUAGGUACUGCGUAUUUGGAGACACAGUCAACACAGCAGCACGGCUAGAGUCUAGUAGUUUAGCCAACAAGAUUCAUAUAAGUUCAAGAAUACAUCAAAUGCUGUCGAAAGUUGGAGGAUUUAAAAUGAAAGCACGUGGAGUUAUGGAACUGAAGGGUAAAGGGAUUAUGUCCACGUAUUGGCUUGAGAAUCACACAGGCUCUCGUCAUCUCUCCUCGUCAACAUCCUUGGACUCAAAAGAAGAGUACAUUGGGGACUUUGUGGGAAGCCAGUUUGAACAGAUUCACUCACCGCAAGAAACAUGUAUUGAAACAGGCGACCCAUUUGAGUCUGAAAUGUCCAGCACAAAUAGUGGACCAACGUCUACCCGGCAACAAAGACACGCUAUUGUUGCUGACUCUGGCCAAGCAGAAACAAUGACGCCAGUUUCAGAGUAGUCUGAAAUUUCGAAGCUGAUGUUCAGCUAUUUAAUGCCGACUAAUGAACGCAACUGGCAAUAAAUGGUUUUUACACCACAAAUCUGCA